AUGGCAUGCCUUGGUGGAGCUUCUACGCUUCUCGGCAUAGCUCGCGCCUGUCAUGUCAAAAAGACCUUCAACACCCUCCUCAAGCUCACUCUACUCUGCGCGUGCAUAACCGUACUCGUCCUCCGCGGCACCAUCGGCACUACCGGCAACCCCAACUUCACUCAAACACACGCUCUGGGACCCAGAAUCUCAAACUGGGACGAACAGAGGAAAAAUUGGCUCGUGAAAAACCCGGAAUUUCCCAGUCACGUGGACGGGAAAGCUCGGGUUUUGUUGGUAACCGGGUCGCCUCCCGGGCCUUGUGAUACCCAAAUAGGAGAUCACUAUCUUUUGAAGUUUAUAAAGAAUAAGAUCGAUUAUUGUAGGAUUCACGGCAUUGAUAUUGUGUACAAUAUGGCUCUUUUGGACGAGGAGCUUUCUGGGUGCUGGGCAAAACUCCCGUUGAUUCGGCGGCUGAUGCUGUUUCACCCAGAGGUGGAGUGGAUAUGGUGGAUGGACAGCGACGCUCUGUUUACAGAUAUGAUUUUUGAGAUUCCAUUUUUCAAGUACGAUAAUUAUAAUUUGGUUCUUCAUGGUUUGCCGGAGUUGUUUAACCAGAAAUCGCGGGUCGCUUUGAACACGGGGAGUUUUCUGUUGCGGAAUUGCCGGUGGUCGUUGGAUUUGCUGAAUGCUUGGGCGGCUAUGGGUCCGAAGGGGCGUAUUCGGGAAAAGGCAGGGGAGAUUUUGACGGCUUAUUUGAAGGGAAGGCCUGCGUUGGAGGCGGAUGAUCAAUCUGCAUUGACGUAUUUGCUGAGUUCAAAGAAGGAAAAAUUGAUGGGGAAAGUGUAUUUAGAGAGCUCGUACUACUUGCAUGAGAAAAUGAUGGAGAAAUAUGAUCAGCCUCUAAUGGGUGACGAGAGGUGGCCGUUUGUGACGCACUUUGUGGGUUGCAGGCCUUGCGGGAGCCACGCCGACUAUGCGGUGGAGAAGUGCUUGAGAAGCAUGGAGAGGGCAUUCAAUUUUGCAGACAACCAGGUGCUCAGGUUAUAUGGGUUUGAGCAUAGGGGGCUGCUGCGACGAAGCGUCAAGAGGAUCAGGAAUGAGACAACUGCUCCUCUGGAAUUUGUAGACCAGAAUAAUAAUAAUUGGUUAAACAGGAUUGUUAAUAGAAAUUCAAUAAUUUGA